AUGGGUAUUUGCAGUUCUCAAAGCACUUUGCCUCAAAUUUUGCUAUUAGGUCUAGAUAAUGCUGGAAAGACCACUUUUCUAUAUGCAGAUAAAUGAGAUCAAUUUGACCCCACAGUUGGAUUUAAUUAUGAAGAAAUACAUCUAAGGCAAAUUGUUCAUGUUGGUGUUUGAGAUGUCAGUGGAAAAUCAACGCUAAGAUGCUUAUGGCCUCUUUACUAUCGAAAUAUUAAUUUUGUCGCAAUUGUAUUUGUUAUUGAUGCAGAAAAAGAAGAGAGAUUUGCAGAAGCUAGAAGAGAACUACAAAUUUUAAUAAAUGAAGAAGAGCUUCGAGAAACAGCGUUUUUAAUACUUUUCAACUCACGAUUUGAGCCAAUUUUUGAUUUAGAAGAGCUUACAGCAAGAGUCGGCUUAGAUUUAUUCCACAAAACAAUAAAAUGAAAAGCUGCAUUAGUUGAUCUAAUGGAAGAAAGCGAAGACUUUAAAUUAGCACUGAAAUGACUUGGUGAACAAAUUACAAAUUAA